AUGUUCUUUGCUUGGAUCUUUGUUGCUUUCUCUCAUUUUGUUUACGCUGAUGUUGAGCCAUUCCUUGCCUCGGAAGCCUAUGACCAAGGGAUUUAUGGUCGUUGGCCGCAGCAAUCCUAUCGCUCAUCCCCUGUCGUCGGCCCUGUCCUUAAUUAUCUUCAGCAUGACGAGCGAUGCAGCGAUGGCAAAUACACCUUGAUCACACCCCGUGGAGCUAGCAUUGCAUCACCGGGCCCAAUGAUUCUGGAUCAAAACGGUAGCUUAGUCUGGACGAAAUACUACGGACCGACGUACGAUCUCAAAGUUCAGGAAUAUAGAGGAGAGAAAUAUCUCACCUUCUGGGUAGGUGACGAUGCUGUUGUGGGACACGGAAGCGGUAGUUAUUAUAUGCUGAACUGCUUUUAUGAGGAGAAAUUUCAUAUCUCAGGUGCGAACGGUCGAUCUGCUGAUCUACAUGAAUUUCGUGUAACCCGCGACAAUACUGCUCUCAUCACUAUCUACGAUAUCUUUCCCGCAAACCUAUCACAAGUAAAUGGGUCCGAGGAGGGAUAUAUCUGGGAUAGUGGGUUUCAAGAGAUUGAUAUUCAGACAGGAGAGGCGCUGUUCGAGUGGUGGGCAUCUGAUCAUUUUGAAUUCCAUGAUGCAUACCGUUUGCUUGAGGAGGAAGAAGAAGGCCUAGAUGAAGGUCGAGCAUGGGACUUCUUCCACAUAAACAGUAUCGAUAAAGACCUUAAAGGCAACUUUAUGGUAUCCUCACGAUACAUGAGCUGCAUUUCAUACAUUGAUGGCCAAAAUGGACAAGUCAUCUGGAGGCUCGGUGGGAAAAAUAACAGUUUCGAAGAUUUUUCUGAUGGAGCUGCGACAAAUAUUAGCUGGCAACACCAUGCACAGUUUCUUGAUGGCAAUACUUCUUCCAUUACCCUUUUUGACAACGCAUCACGAGGUCCUUCCGCUCCAGAGCACGUUUCCCGGGGAUUAUAUGUCGACUUAGAUAUCAACAACAUGACAGCUCGCAUUCGACACGUAUAUCGGAGCCCGCGCAGGGUUAGCAGUCGGUCACAAGGUUCCCUUCAGAUUCUUGAGAAUGGCAACGUGCUUAUGGGCUACGGUAUUCACCCGACAUGGACUGAAUACAGUCUUGAUGGUGAAGUUCUGUGCGAUGUGGAAUAUGGUCCUCAAUCUGGGUAUGGAAGUAAAGACAUAAUUUCAUAUAGAACAUCUAGACACUCCUGGAUUGGGCGGCCCCAGACAAAUCCUAACAUUUCCAUUAUUGAGAAUAAGGUAUAUGUUAGCUGGAACGGAGCUACUGAGGUGGCUACUUGGGUUUUAGACUGGGUACCUGCCAUAGAUGCAGCGGAAGAUGAGUACCGUGCCAUUGUUACAGCGCCAAAAGCCGGUUUCGAGACUGUUCUGGACGUCCCCAAGUUCUAUUUUCAGGGCUUCGUAUUCGAUGUUGCCAUUAUUGGCAUGGGCCCAUGUGGCCUGGCUGCUGCUGCAAGCUUCAAGGAUUCUGGUCUUCGCCUUGCCAUAAUUGAUGCUGGAAAGCCCUCACACGAAAGAGACCGACACAAUGCAUCGGAUGCCACUGCUGGACAUGGUGGUGCUGGUCUGUUCUCUGACGGAAAAUUCUCCUUCUUCCCGUCCGCAACUCAGCUUUGGACAUUGCCUCAUAUGAAUGAUCUGAAGAGAGCCUAUACUUGGACAAGUGGCACUCUCAACACAGCAGGGCUGGAUACACCCCCUUUUCCCGAGCAUCCAGAUCAGUAUUCGGGCAACUUGUGCAGCAAGUCUGGGUUUGAAGACCACUGGGUAUUGAAAAAUUAUCCUUCAGAUUACUUAUCUUUACCAGCAAGACUACGACUUAUCGAAGAUCUGGUCUCUGAAAUACAAGGCCAAAUUUUCAACAAUUGCCAAGUUGAUAAUAUGCGCUACAACAAGUCUUCUGAUAGCUUCAUAAUCGAUACGAGGCAUUCAAACAAAACCAAAGACGGUCCAGAUUACUCUGAUACUAUUCAUGCUCGGCGUCUCUUGGUUGCAACGGGUCGUUUCGGGCCUCUUGGUGAAGGAUUGGCGAACCUAACUGACCAUUAUAACUUUAGGCGGUUGGAGGUUGGUUUCCGGGUAGAGCAAUCCAGCGACCGUGCCUUUUUCAAAAACAUGAAACAACUGGACCCGAAAUAUCGAUUCCGUGAAAGUGAUGACAGCGUGGAAUGGCGAACCUUUUGCGCCUGUCGUCAAGGCGAAACAGUCCUUACCGAGACGAACGGCUUGUGGACGGUCUCAGGGCGCUCCGAUUGUGAACCAACCCAGCGUUCCAAUUCAGGCUUCAACACCCUCAUCCUUGACGAAAAAACGGCUUCAAAAGUAGUCGAAUAUGUCAUCAAGGCUAUGGCUCAGCGCAAUUCCUAUUUCGAGGUACCCAUGAAGCUGCUUCUUGAUGGUGACACUGAAACGGUUACCAAGUUCGAUAGAAUCUAUGGGCCCAAAUUACGUGGUGUCAUGACAGCAGGAAUAGAACGCCUUGGAGUCAAAUUCCCUGACCUUGGAUCUGACCCUCACGCCAAAUUGAUCGGGCCAACUUUAGAGGGGGUAGGAUGGUAUCCCACAGUGGACGGGGAUCUGCGAUUAUCAGACGUUCCAGCUUAUGUAGCCGGGGAUGCUUGUGGGCUGUUCAGAGGCAUUGUGGCAGCUAUGAUCAGCGGACAUUACGCUGCGUCUAGAAUGGUGAAAGAGCUGCAAGCAAUUUGA